AUGCUAAUGCUAAGGGAUGACCAGACUCCUAAAGUUGGAGCUAGCUUGAGCCAAUCUAAACUAAGGAAGAUUUCAAUUGUUGGCAUUAAACCCAACAUACCUGACCUGAAUGUGAAACCUUGUUAUGAUUCCGAUGAGGAAGAAAAAGGAGAAGUUACAAAUAUAUUUCAGAAUCUUGCAGGUUUAAAAUCUCAUGAUGGAUGCUAUGUUCAUCAUAAGCUUUUGUACGAGCUUGAGGUCGAGAUCUUUGCUCGUCUUCCAUGCUUUGAAUACUGGAAACUGCAGUUUCUUAACAAGAAAUUUUUGCAGUUGUUAAAAAGUGGUGAAAUUUUCAGGGUGAGACAAGAAAAGGGACUUGUGAAACCCUCCGAGAUUUUGCAUUCAGGGGCUGGAUCAAAUUGGGAAAUGUUUGAUAAGGAUUUUAAAACCUUUCAAAGACUUCCUAAAGUACCUUCUUCUGACUAUUGCUUUUUCCACAGCGAUAAGGAAACAAUAUGUGUGGAUACUCAACUAAUUGUCAUUGGAAGAGAAAUAGAGGGAAUUGUGGUGUUUUGCUACGAGCUAGAGAAUCAUAAGUGGUUCAAAGGUCCUUCAAUGAUCACACCGAGGUUCAUGUACGGUUCUGCUAGCCAUGGAAAAACCGCAUUCUUUGCAGGAGGCAUUCAAAUGGAUGACAAUGGAAACCCUAUUGUUGUGUGA